UAGCUGUCCGUGAACGGUUCCCAAGACAAACCAACGGAGAAAAAAAGAUAUUUACAUAAAUGAAACUACUCUGAAUUGUUACCCCGGCCUUGUGCUCGGGAGAAAAAAAAAAUAUGCACGAAAGACAAAUAUCUGAACAGAGAAAGCUAUUUAUGGCCACUACAACUCUGGGAAAAGUAACGCUGAGGCUAAAAACAGCAGUGUGGGAAGGGCAGAGCUGCAGCCCGCGCCAAACCUCCGCCAGCAGCCCCGGACAGCGCCCACCUCUCGCUGCAGCUCCAGCCGCGGGCCUCGCACCGGAGCAGCGGUUCCACGCUUCCCCGCCAACACUCCCAGCGCAAACAAACCGGGAUUCUCCGGCACCCGGAGGGACAUUUAGAUGGUGCCACAGGCUUCAGAGGCAUUUGGAGAGCGAAAUACCGAACAGCGGGCGGCGAGGACGCGCCAAACGCAAGGAACCGCGGCCGGCGAAAAGCACCGCCGCCUGCGGGUCCGGGCUGCAGAGCACCAGCUCGGCUCGCGCAGCCCCCGCGACAGCUCCAUGCCCCGGCAGGACGCACCUCAUGGGCCUCGCCGGAGCCCCGCCUGCCGCCGUGGCCGAGCCGAACGCGGCGGCGGCGCCCGAAGGGGCGCGGGACUGCGGAGCGCCGAGCGCCGGGAGCGGCACCGCCGGCCGCGCCAAUCGCCACUUCCGGCUCGCGCCGCCCGCCUCCGGUCCGGGCCGUCACGUGGCCGCGGCGGGGUUGCCCGGCAACGCGGCGUACACACGGCGGUGCGGCCGCCGGCCAUGGCGGCGGGGCUCGGGCUGCCGCGUCGGAGGCGGCGGCUGGCGCGUGAGUGGAGCCUCGCGGCAUCACACAGAUUUGAAGAAAAUAACAUUCUAGAUGGAUGUUUUCUUCCAAAUGACGUAGAUCUCCGUCAGGUAAUUGUAUUGCCAAGAGCAGAGUGGGAAAGGAUGCAGGAGGGCCUCGGCAGCAUGAGCAGAGAGGCAGCACGCGUCCUCGCUGAGAGGAAAGAGCGACAAGAAAUGCACUUACGCUCCAAGGCGGCUGUCAGAGACUGGACGAACACCAUUAUGGGCCAGGCACAAAGGAAACUGAAAGCCAAAAAACUCCGUGAAGAAAAGCAAGAGGAAGAAAGAAAGUUACUUGAUUUGGAAGAAGCAAAAUUCCAAGCAGCAAAAUGGAAGGAGGCCAUCGAUAAAGCAAAAACUUAUCUGUACCACCAGAACGAAAGAGUGAAAGGGCUGCAUAGCGCACUUCUACUUGCUGAGGUCCUAAAGGAAAGGGAUGCUCAAAUUGAAUUUAAAAAGUUAAAGUCAGAUGUUAACAAAAAGAAGGAAGAAGAAAUAGAACGUCGGUGUAAAGAAGCUCUUCUCAGAGAGGAAGAAAAGGUACAUCAGCGUUAUAUGAAUCGACUGGCACUAAGCAGAGAUCAGCUGGAACAAAUAAAGGAGCGCAAGCAUCAAGCAGAUCUUGCCAAGCUGGAAGACAAAAGAGAAGGAGAAGAAAUACAGAGAUUGAGCCAACUGUACCAAUUAGAACUUCUGAGAAAGAUGGAAAAGGAACAGGAGAAAAAAGUUGAACGCCAGAGGCUGUAUCAUGAACACGUAGCUAACCAGAAAAUAAUCAAAGCAGUGGAGAAACAAAAGCAAAUGGAAGAAGACAAUCGGAUUAGAGCUCAGUUUAAAGCAAAGCAAACUAUUGCCAAGCUGAUGAAAGAGAAAGAAGCUGAAUUGCGUAGAAUAACACAGGAACACCGGGAUAAAAUUGUUAGGCAAUUAGCUGCCCAAAUGAGUGAAGUACUGAAGAUGGAAGACAAGCGUAUUGCUAGAGAAAUUGCAAAAAAAGAAGCUGCACAAGAAAAAGAACAGAAAGAGAAAGAAGCAAAAAAAAAGGCUGCCAUUGAGUCUAUUGCUGAACACAGAGCCACUGUGAUGAAGAUGAAAUUGGAGAAGGAGAGAGAGGAAAAAGCAGAAAGUAAAAAAGAACUUCAAGCAUUGCUGGAAAAGAACCAGAUCUAUCUGGAAUCAGAAAAAGCCAAGAAACAAAGACAACGUGAUGCAAGCAUAGAAGUACAGAAAAUUCAGAUCCAGCAAAUGGCAGAAAAGAAGGCAAAAGAACAGCAGGAGAAGCAAGCAGACUUGGACUACAAUGCUCAGAAAGAGCUUAUUGCGCUCCAUAAAGAACAUGAAUUCCAGAAGUAUGCAAAGCAAGUAAUUGAAUCGGUGUCCACGACUACACAUCAUCUCUAUCCUCUCCUGAAAGCUUCCAAAGAAAUAACAGGACUUGGAGGUGGCCCAUUUUCCAGAGGAAGUGAAGGAACAAAUCCUGGUUUUCAAGCACAGGAUGUUGCUGAGACCCAAUUACCUUGUUGUAGCAGUACUACUGCUGAAGAAGUUAAAACUAAGAAAGAACACUGAGACUAUCCAGCAAGGAAAGCCAGUAGUAGUUUUUAUGUGGUUAAACAAACAAAAACUUCUUGAACCUUGAAUUCAGUCAAAACUAUAAAUGGAUCUACAUUAAAUAUAUGCUAUGAAUCUGUCCAUUUGAGAAAAUAAAUUCCACAGAAUUGAGUAUGUUCUAAAAAAA